AGUUAGAGGGAGGUGUGGUAUUUCAUGUAAUUCUGCACCGGCCAACUUUCCUGGAACUCGAUGGAUCCAGAGAACUCAUGGUUCUUUCCUUGAACUGGAACAUAUACCUGUAAUCCAAGUAUCGAGUGCGAUAAAGUUGAGUUACUUUGUAUAGGAUUUUUUAUUUCUUAGGGGGAUGAAUGUGGUAUAUAGAAACUUUUGUUGUUGUCAUAAUAGAGCUGAAAUUUCACUGCUCAAAUUGAGGAGAUGAUGGAUUCUAUCCUGGCUUAGAUGCUCAAUUAUCUUGCAAAAAUUUACAGAGUUGGUGGCUAUAAGGAUUACUUUGGGGACAGCUAGGUGAGAAUGUCGAGAUAAUUGAAGGAACUAAGCCGUGAAGGAACGGUCUUGUAAAAUCUUGACAGAAUUUGCUUUUCAAUUCCUAUGUUUGGCUCAAUUAAAUCUACACCUAUACACCUCUCUCUCUCUCUCUCUCUCUCUCUCUUCUCCCCCUCUCUCUGUUUGACGAAAAUGGCGGAAAGAUCGAACUCGUCAGACCCGGAAACAUGCUCCUCCUCCUCCUCCUCGUCUUCCUCCUCGUCCUCACCCCACUCGCCGGCCGCGGCCCAGGACCCGUUGUCGAGGUCCUCCUCCAAGCGGAGCAAGCACCCCGUGUACCGCGGGGUCCGGAUGAGGAACUGGGGCAAGUGGGUGUCGGAGAUCCGGGAGCCCCGCAAGAAGUCUCGCAUCUGGCUCGGCACCUUCCCCACCCCGGAGAUGGCCGCCCGCGCCCACGACGUCGCCGCCCUCCACAUCAAGGGCUCCUCCGCCUUCCUCAACUUCCCCCACCUCGCCCCCUCCCUCCCCCGCCCCUCCUCCCUCUCCCCACGCGACGUCCAGGCCGCGGCCUCCCUCGCCGCCCAUAUGCCCGACCACCAAGGAACGAUCGAGACCUUGCGGCCGACGGAGGAGCUCGACGAUCAACACUCGUCAUUGCCCUCGAGGUCGCUGUCGUCCAUGGUCUCAGCCAUGGACAUAUCCGCAGCGACCGUGGAGCUAAGCGAGAUCGUCGAGCUGCCGAGCCUCGGGGCCAGCUGCGACGAGCUGGGGGGCGGCGAGUUCGCCUUCGUUGACUCGGUCGACGCCGAGUGGGGCGGCUACGGCUACUACGACGACUACCAGUCGACGUGGUUGGAGGAGCGCCUCGAGGAUUGCGGGCCGUACGAUUGUGGCCAUCAGACUGUGGCGGUGCCCACCGGGAGCGGCGGAUCGCUGCUGUGGGAUUAUUACUGAGUGAGACUGGGGAUUUCGUGUUGGUGGGAGAGUUUUGUGAAUUUGUGUGAAAAAAGAAAAUAAUUUUUUUUUCUUUUUUUAUUUUUAUUUUUAUUUAUUUUAAUGACCGAGUCCUUUUGGUAUUUUCUUUGAAAGGGCCGGUCAAAGGUGUGGUGUCCCUCCCUUUCGCACGCUCGAUCCACUAAUUUUUGCUGUGUACAUUUCUCUGUGUUCCUGUGACUUUUGGGAAAAAAUAUGUUAAAUUUGUCUUCGUUUAUAUCA